AUGAUUUACCUAUAUAACUUGUGGCUACUGAAUGGUGUCUCGCAGGACCAGAACUGCGCGUCUGAGUUGAGCUCGAUGAAACAGACCAUUCGUCUGGUGGAUUCUGGUGAUGGUUUUACAGAGAUGGUACCACCCAAGGCACAACUUAUUCACAUUUGGCCAUAUGAACGUGCAAACCUAUUCUAUCGAGUUAAUCGGCCGACCAUCCAGAACAAAGUUUGGCUUUACACGCCCCCCGGACAAGAGUACGGUUACAGGCUGACAAAGUCAAUUAGCUGUAUCGAACAGGGUGUACGUCGUAUGGUUGAUCCGCAUGAAGAAACGUUUUGGCUUAAUACAAGCGAGAGUGGCGGUUACAUGUUUGCAGAAUACGACACGAAUUGGAAAUUGGCCAAAACAACCGGGAAACAUUACGGACGAAAUGAACUGUACAAUCCGCUAGUCACAUUCAUGGUCCUCUCCUUGGAAGCGGCCAAUAUAGGACUCACAUUGAAAUUAACCAAAUAUGAAUCCUUUGAAAACUGUACAGGGACAAGCGAGAAAACCAAGUGGGUCUUUCAAUCUCUGUUCGGUAUGCGCAUGUUUCGCAGUGUGCGCGAGGACAGAGCGAUGCUGGAUGGAAAAUUGACUUAUCAAGUGGUUGAGUCCAAAUGUCAUCUGUUGCCGGAAGACGACAGCCCGCUGGAGAUUUACGCAUACUAUAACAUCGAUCGAACACGAGUUACAUCACAGGGUGUGCAACCGCAUAAGGAACGAGAAUGGGCCUUGAAAGAAAAACCGUUGGAUUACAUUGACUUUCGUGAACGUUUCGAUCUUACAUUACCACAGCCAUUCGGGGCCGGGGUGCGAAUUCGUCUGACGGAUAUACGAUUACCACCGGCAGCCGGUCUACGAGUAAUACUGAUGACUCGGUCGGAAGAGGGAGUGAGCGAAGGAUUUUGGGGUCCCGGUAAUGUAGAACCACCGUUUCCGGAAGAGCAAAUUUUGCCUUAUCCAUUUGCCGCGGUCGAGAUCAAUCGAACACUAUUUCACCAGUUAUUGGCUAAUGGACGGCCGAUACUUGACUGGUUACUAAUCGAACCCUACUACGGACGACUGCGUACAAGCACAGGAUUAAUGGUUCCAUUUAACGUAAAAGACCGUUGGGAGAAUGAACAAUUUGUGACAGCACUCAGAUUGGAAACAAUCGGAGGCGAAAAUGAAGAGGUGACCAUUUAUCAGAUCAUGUACGAACGACCGAAGCAUCCGGAAGACGUAAACGAAGUUUUGCGAGCAUUACAUACAGAACGUCCAUUACCCGGAGCAACCCCUAAACACGGACGCGCGUGUCUGUCCAAAGUGCACGGGUACUACACUUCGUCAUUUCAUGUGAAUUUGGAAGAGCCCUGGCGUUGUAUCGAACUAGACAAAACAGACCAUAGAGUUUAUAAGAAGACUGGUUCCCCGCGGAGUCCACUGACCAGCUACUCCAUUCAACUGCUCUAUGACGAUUUUGGUGAUGAAUUAGCCAAUGCAACCGGUGUGCUCACUGGUCAUGUGCAAAUGAUUAGCUUUCCGCGGAAAGCACAGACACGUGGAAGCGAGUAUUUCUGUCCAAUGCGUACAAUCGGAGCGGAUGGCGAAGUAAUGCGCAUCGGGUUUGUCAUGGGACGGAACGAGGAUGUGCAGUAUAUAGCGCGUUGGGAAAAUAGAUGGGUCCGAUAUCAUUCUACCACAGGGGAAGUGCUUCACAUUGAACUAGAAGGACAAGAUCGGGUGGCCGAAUCGGUCCCGGGAUAUUGUGGACCGGAACGGAGUACAGUGGAUUUUGUGUACGACAUGGAAACGAGACGAUUGCAAGUUGUGGCAAAUGAUACACGGCGAACUCUGGUUAAUGCGACACUGAAUAAACAUCCCAUGUGGUUGGGAUUAGAGAUGUUCACCGAUCCCAAGGUACCUCGAUGCGAGGGUUGUUACGUGAACGUAUUCAUUGAUCGACGUGGCGUGUACCCCGGGUAUGCCACACAAUGGCCAACUGUCGAAUCGGCAAUUAACGACUGGAAUCAAAUCCAAUACCCACGCCAAUCUAAUUCGAAAGCGAUCAGUAUUGACACGGUCAAUGUCGUCCAGAGCUUUGAGACUCGUUCAGCCAUGCUACCGACACCAAAGAAUUUGCAACGCCGUUUGAUUGAACUCACAAGAAAGCUGGCCAAUUCAAUUAACAUUUCGGUUACAGUGCUGGAAGCGAAUGCGCACUGUCCACCUGGGCAGUACAUGCCUUACGGUACACCAGCUGUAUGUGUCAAAUGCCCAGCGGGUACACGAUCACAAGUACUCACACCGAACACCAGUUUUCCUGUCUAUGUGUGUGAUUUGUGUCCCCGGGGAAUGUAUCAAGAUCAGCCGGGACAGGAGGACUGUAAACGAUGUGAAGUGCGACAAAGUACACCACGUAAAGGAAGUUGGAGUCGAGGAUCAUGUGGACCGAACGUGACAACCGAUGGCAUUUUCGUGGCUCAGUCUGGGGGCUUAUCGGCGAAGGGUGAGCCGUAUGUGAUGGUUGAGCUGCCAGCACAAAGUAAGGAACAAACAUUCGACUGGACAAAAGGUGUCGAGGAACAAGAGUUUCAGACUAUCGAAGGACCAGGCGAGUUGAAUAUGGUUAGUACCGGACGUUUAGUGUUUAACAUGAUCAGUCUGGUUCUUCUUCUGGGUUGUGUGAUGGCCUUUGUCGUAACUUCAAAGGGGUACAUGUUAAUCUGGAUCACACGUCGCACCCGUUAUCGAUUCCAAUCAGAACAGCCAGUAGCAGACGGCCCUAGAGCCAUGGGAUCACGAAAACAACUAUUCUGGCCUGCUCAGGAAAUGGAUAGUACACAACGCAUAGCGGAUAGCAGUCGGUCAAUGAGUACAGCCUAG